AGCCCUCUGUACGUCACCGGACGUCUGAACAUGGCGCCUCUCCGCCCCGAGCUCACCUGUCAGCGCCGGUGAGAGCCGCCGCAGCGGCCGUCACUCUGCCGGCCUGACGGCUCUGUGUCCCGGUGUGAUGCUCCGGAGGACUCCGCCGUCCGUUCACCGAGGAGGAGGCGCCGCGGCCGGGUUUGUUUCUGCCGUGCACCGCUGAGAGAAGAUCCGGAGAGGUGAGACAAGUUACCGACUGUUACCGGCAACCAGACCUUCAAAAUAAGACCUUUAAAACCAGCGGGGCUCCCUUCAAAAUAAAAGGUCACCUGGAAGUUAAUAAGCGGUGACUCGGUCAUCAGAAUCCGCUUUAUUGCCAGCUUCACGCUGAGAUGGAAGGCAGCGAUGAUGCGUCCUCUUCACCGGUGACUGUCAGCAACGACUCCUCACCAUGUCAACAUCAUCAUCAUCACCACCCCUCCUCCUCUGCUGAUGUCAUCGCCCGAGGUCAGAGUCUGAGUCUGAGAGAUGAUGUCACCCAAACAGACCAGAUCAGUCCAGAGGUUAACCACUGUCACAGACUGGAUGGGGAUGAUCGGUGUGGGGGCGGGGCUACCCAAGGCAUCUACCGCUACCCGGAUGAGCCCGCCUCUUCAGAUGGCGCCCAGGUAGACAUAAACCUUGUGAGCCCCCCCUCAGACUCUGACUCAGACACACUGGAGGCAGAUGUGACCGCUGACCUACCAGAAGUCGACUCUGAUGAUGACACCUUCAUCACGGACCUGCCACCGCCAGGUGAGCUGAACCCAGUUGCCGCCACCGCUUGCACCAGGAACACAUUCGAGUGCGCUCGUAGGCAGGGCGCUCCGGUUCAGAUGGUGCGGGACAACAGAGGUCCAGAGUCUGAGCUGCAGUCCAGGAGACCGGGGAUCGCCGAGUACUUCAACAGCAGGAGGCAGCGGUCCGUCAGUGUUGCUGGUUGGAAGUUGUUCGGUAAAGUUCCUCCUAAACAGAGUCCGUCCAAACAGGCCCGGAUCAUCCAGCAGGAGUUCGAGGCACGGCAGGUCGCAGCCCGCAGCUCUCCUACCCAUAAUCCUGCGGCGCAGCAGAGCAAGAGGAAGGUGGAGUUCGAGCCGCUGUCGACCACAGCGCUGAUCCUGGAAGACCGGCCGCUGAACCUUCCAGCCAAGUCAGCAGAGGAGACCCAGAGACACCGGCAGCAGUAUGAGCAGAUGGUGGCUGGGGCCAAGAGGAGAGAGCUGAAGGAGGCUCAGAGGAGACAUCAGCAGAUAAAGGAGAGGCUCAGACAGGAAGAGGGGAUCUCCAACGCCUCGCUGGUCUGGAUCCAGCACAUCCUGCCACACUGGGACGCCAUGAGGUCGAGUCGACGUGCUCGGGACCUGUGGUGGGCGGGUUUACCACCCAGCGUCCGAGGACGAGUCUGGAGCCUCGCUAUUGGCAACGAGCUCAACAUCACUGCAGAGCUGUAUGAGAUCUUCUUCUCCAGAGCGAAGGAGAAGUGGAGGAACCUCAGUGAGACAGAGACUGAUGAAGGAGGGUCGCUGGCUGACAGUCUGGACCUCAUCACUCGGGACAUCUCCAGAACUUUCAGCUCGCUCUGCGUCUUCCAGAAGGGUGGUCCUUAUCACAAUCUGCUGCAAAGCAUUCUGGGAGCUUACACCUGCUACAGACCUGAUGUGGGAUAUGUGCAGGGUAUGUCCUCCACGGCAGCCAUGUUGAUCCUGAACAUGGACGAGGUCGAAGCCUUCAUCAGCUUCUCCAACCUGAUCAACAGACCCUGUCAGCUGGCGUUUUACAGAGUGGACCACCAGCUGAUGCUCAGGUACUUCGGGGCCUUCAAGGUGUUUUUCGAGGAGACUCUUCCUCACCUAUUCCUUCACUUCCAGUCUUCAGGUCUGACUCCUGAACUCUACCUCAUGGACUGGAUCCUGUCUCUCUACACCAAGCCCCUCCCUCUGGACGUGGCGUGCAGAGUAUGGGACGUUUUCUUUCGGGAUGGGGAGGAGUUCCUGUUCAGGACAGCUCUGGGGAUCUUAAGACUCUACCAGGAUGUCCUUCUACACAUGGACCUCAUCAGCAUAGCUCAGUUCCUGUCCCGCCUCCCUGAUGAAGAACUGCUCUCUGAUAGGCUUUUCUCCUGCAUCUCGGCCACACCCAUGCAGUGCGGGAACAGGAAGUGGAGUCAGAAGCAGGCGGUGGCGCUAAUGCACCAUCUGUUGUGUGCCAAGAAGAAGAAGAAGAAGAAGAAGAAGAAGACUGUUUUGUGCGCGUUGCCCUCCCGCCGCUGGGGGCGCUGUUCUGCAGAGGAGGGGUUCGUUUCCGGGUUACCGACGUGAACCCGCUUCCCUGAUCAGCGCGCGUGGGGCGACGAACUGCAGCUUCUCCACCGAAACAAACUUCUACUCGGAGGUCCGGAGGUCCCGCAUAGGUCCGGAGGUCCCGCAUAGGUCCGGAGGUCCGCAUAGGUCCGGAGGUCCCGCAUAGGUCCGGAGGUCCCGCAUAGGUCCGGAGGUCCGGAGGUCCAGCAUGGGUCCGGUGAGUCCGAACUUCAG